UUAUUGUUAUCUUUGCAUAAAAAGAAACAGUCACCCAAUUCUCUAUACAAACUCUGUCACCACUAAUGCACUGCCAACACAACUUUAAAAACUAUUCUUCCUCUCUCUUUUAGAUCUACACAACUAAAAAACAAACAAAAUGCAAACCCAUCUCACACUCAUACUCUUCACUCUCUUCCUCUACUUAUUUUUCACAGGCUCCGCCGCGGCCCAUGAUGAGGCCCAAGAUCUGGUACGUUCCUCGUGCAUUCACGCCAGGUACCCAAAGUUAUGUCUCCGAACACUCUCUAACUACUCCGGGCCCGCUAAAAGCCCAUUAGACAUAGCCGAAGCUGCGCUUCGGGUUAGCUUGGCCCACGCGAGGAGAGCUUCUGAGUAUCUAGGAGCUUCUAAAGGUGGGGCCCGCAGCAGCAGCUUGAGCAAACUGCAACGGGCUGCUCUAAGCGACUGCGAAGAGCUGAUUUCAGAUUCGGUGGAUGAACUUCAAAGGAGUUUGGAGGAGUUGAAGCAUCUAAGACAGGAAACGUUCCGGUGGCAGAUGAGCAACGCCUUGACUUGGGUGAGUGCUGCACUCACUGACGGCGACACUUGCCUCGACGGGAAUGUGGGGCCCGAAGUGAACCGGAGAGUUGCCGACGUUGCGAGGGUGACAAGUAAUGCUCUAUACUUGAUCAAUCGUCUUGGAGAAAGUGGAAAAGGGAAGCCCAAGCCCAAGCUCAAUGCUCAGCCAAGAUCCAAGAAAUAAUAUAUUUAAUUCUUAAAAUGAAAUAUAACUAAAAAAUUAUCUAAAAAUUUGAUGUAUUUAAUUUUAACUUUUAAUUAAAUAUAUCAAAUUUUUAAGUAUUUUUUAUUUGGAAGGGAGUAUUGUUUUUGUAUUUUGUUGUUGUUGUUAUUAUUGUGUGUACGGAAAAGAAUGUGGGAGGUGUGUGGUAGUUUGUUAUUUAUUACUUGUAGUAAUGAAACUGUGAACGGUUGUUGUAAUUGAUAAAUGCUGUUCCUUUUUUUAUGUUUAUGUUGCUGAAAUGUAUCAAUGGCGAAGUAAAGCAAAUCUGUAAAAAUGAA